GGUGGGUCCGAUGGCCUCGGAAGCGGACGCACGUAUCGCGAGGGGAGAACCCAACUGUCCCCGGCUCCGACGCGGGGCGGCCCGACGCCCGCAGCCCCGGAAGCGCAUCCUCGCCUUGGUUUGCCUUCCUGUUCCCCGCAGUGCUGGGCUCCGGUCGUCUCCUCACUAUCUCGCAGUCCGCGCCGGCCCUGUCCCAGCCGAGGGCACCUGCGCUGCAGGCCCAGAGCUGGGAGCCCCGUGCCUCUCGGACGGCCGUGAGACUCCGAAAUCUUUCUAGGAACAGCGAGGAAGACAAAAGAACCCCUUGGGCCGGCAAAGCCAUCUACUAAACACUGUGGCCACCAUGCCCAAGAGAAAGGCAAAAGGAGAUGCUAAAGGUGACAAAGCGAAGGUGAAGGAUGAGCCACAGAGGAGAUCGGCACGGUUGUCUGCUAAACCUGCCCCUCCAAAACCAGAGCCCAGGCCAAAAAAGGCCCCUGCAAAGAAGGGAGAGAAGCCUCCCAAAGGGAAAAAAGGGAAAGCAGAAGGUGGCAAGGAUGGUAACAACCCUGCCAAAAACCGAGAUGCCUCCACAGUCCAGUCACAGAAAGCAGAAGGCGCCGGGGACGCCAAGUGAAGGGUAUACUUUUUUGAUAGCUCUGUACUUCUAGCGACUCUACUGUUUGAAAUACUAUUUUUUUUUAAAUCAAAUUUUAUAAAAAUGUAGAGUUUUUUUUUUUUUAAGUUAUAUUGUUAGCACACAAGACACUUUGUUGUCGUCUUUCAUGGAAAGGGCGAGUAACCACUAGUAGAAUGUCUCAGAAGCUGGAUUGAGUGAGGGGAAAUAGAAUUUUCUAUCCUUGUAUUGGAAGAUUAUUCUUGGUUCCCAGGAGAGAUUCUUUGACAGUCACACAUGGCAGCCACUAUGGCUCAGAAGCCUUACAAGCACGGGGAAGCAAAACUUCGUGUCUUCUCCAUUCCUGAUGCCAUCAGCAUAUACUUGACUUCCUGAAACCAAGACUCGUGAUGCGGCCUUGGCCCCCCUAGAAUCAGCUGUGUCAGGUAUCAAAACUCAGGCUUUCUGGUGGUGACAUCAAGAUGGUGUUGCUCAAAAGAGCUGGGAUUCUGUUUGUAGUUUGUGGAUCAUCUCAUUAAUAAUCCUGGAGUUUUUAGUUCCUUUCCUCCAUGUCAGAGUUAACCUGUGAAAAACCUCUUAUAAUCGCUUCUCAGCCUUCUGGCUAAGAUAAGUGAAAAGCUCUUCAACGCCUCAUGUGAAAUAUAUUUACCCUUCCUGAAAACUCUUCCUGAUCAAUGCAGCAACAGACUUUGUUGACUUUGGGGGCAGAGGAGUUUGAAAGUUGUAAAAGGUUAUGGAUUGUCACCCAUGUCCUGCUGGAAGUAACUAUUUUUGAAAAGUAUCUUAUAAAGCUGGAUACAAUUUGGCUUCAUGGUAGAGGAGGAGAUCAUUUCCUACCCAAAGUCAUAAAGAUAUUCUUCACUGCCUUGUAAAAGUGUUAAAAGAGUUUUGCUUUUCACAUUUGUCUUUAGUCUUCCCUGAACUGAUUUUUGUGAAAAUAUGAGAUGGUAAUCCAGUAUAAUGUGUUUUCCAUAUAGUAAGUGGUUGUCCCAGUACCAUUUUCUGAACAGAUCAUCCUCUCCCCACUGAUCUGUAACACUGGCUGUUUCAUAAAUCAAGUUUCUGUAGUGUGGGGUUGGGGAAGGGGGCGUCUGUCGAUGGCUUCUUUUCUGACUCACUGGUCAGUUUGUCUUAACCUUGUGAUAAUACUAUACAAUCCUGAGUACUACAACUUUAGAAAAAGGUCUUGGUAACUCAGGAUAAAUCCCCCCUCCACCUUCAACAUCACUACCAAACUUUUCUCCCUUGGAGUAUCUUGGCUAUUCUUAGCCAAUUGCUUUUCCAUACAACUUCUAAAAUUAGAUUGACAGGUUCCAAAUCAAACAAACAAACAAAACAAAA